UUUGCCGUAAAAUAAAUACGUCAAACAAGUACUCGCUACAAGUUCAAAAGUUUGUUUUUAUUUUUAAGAUUUCUCAACUUUAGUAUAGAACAUGAUUAUUUAGCUAAUUAACUACCAUGUCGGAUCCACCACCUAAGAAACCUGUGAAAGUGGUAGUUUUGGGAGAUAUAGGCAGAAGUCCACGCAUGCAAUACCAUGCACUUUCUCUUGCCGGUGCGGGGCAUAGCGUCAAUCUUAUCGGUUACGUGGAAACAAAACCACUUUCCGAAAUAGAGCAGAACCCGCUAAUAACUGUAACGAAACUUCACCCCUUGAAAGUCGAAAGCUACCCGAAAAUUUUACGGUACAUCUUAAAAGCGAUAUGGCAGUCUAUAAGUUUAUUAUUAACGUUAUUCGUUACGGGGAAAUGUAGCUAUAUACUCUGCCAGAAUCCCCCCGCGAUCCCUACAUUGCCGGUGUGCCGAUUUUACUGUCUAGUCACACGAACAAAGUUAAUAAUUGACUGGCAUAAUUAUGCCUGCUCUAUCAUGGCGCUUUCUCUAAGUUCUAAUCACCCACUCUUAAAAAUAUCUACUUACAUAGAAAAGGGCUUUGGCCAGUCGUCUGAUAAUAAUUUAUGUGUGACAUAUGCAAUGAAGAGGGAUUUAUUGGAAAAUUGGAAUAUAAUAGCUACAGUCUUAUAUGAUAGGCCUCCGAAAAUAUUCCACCCAAUCACAUUGCAAGAAAAACAUGACUGGUUUAUCAAAAUAGGGCAGCAGUAUGAAGAAUUUAGAUGUUCAGAGCAUGAAUGUGGGGAUUCAAAUACUAUGACUGCAUUUACUAAAGUAAUAGAGAAUACUGUGAGAGUGAGAUAUGAUAGGCCAGGCCUUCUAUUUAGCAGCACCAGCUGGACUCCAGAUGAAGACUUCAGUAUAUUGAUGGAGGCAUUACAAGUCUAUGAAAGAACAUACAACUUAUCAAAAAAACUGCCAAAACUUAUUUGUGUGAUAACUGGCAAGGGACCUAUGAAAGAACAUUUUAAAAAACAAAUUGCUUCACGCAACUGGGAGCAUGUGAGUGUGGUGACUCCAUGGCUUGAGGCUGCCGACUAUCCCACUAUGGUGGCCAGUGCAGACCUUGGGGUCUGUUUACACACAAGCUCCUCUGGUUUAGAUCUUCCUAUGAAGGUUGUUGACAUGUUUGGAGCAGGGUUACCUGUUCUGGCUUGUGAUUUUAAUUGCCUUGAUGAACUAGUGCAACAUGGCGAAAAUGGCUAUGUAUUUAAAACAAGUGAUGAGUUAUCAAAGCAAAUAGUAUCUUGGUUUGAAGAGUUUCCUAAUAAUACCAAGCAAAAUGAAAUAGUAGAAAAUAUAAAAGACAAACUAAUACAGUUCCAGGAAAAUAGAUGGGAAGACAAUUGGAAUUUGAGAGCUAAAAAGUUUUUUGAGUAAUUUUAUAGGAAUUGAGUUAGAUAGCAAUUUAUUAGGUGAAUAUGUGAUACAUUGCAAUAUUUUGUUUAUUAUAGAGAAUUUAUGAAGAAUAUAUUAAUAUUUACAAAUAUA